AUGCAUUCACUCAGCUGCGAUCAAACUGCUUAUGGAGAAGAAGGGCUGUCCAUCGAAACUGGUACGUUGCUUUAAGUGGCAGUUGAGCUGUGACGUUCUCCUUUGACACAGGUCUUGUCUGCUACAGUGCGAUACAUCUACAGCAAAGUGACAACAGCGCGCUCGCGUCGUUGGUUGUACUUUCAAAUGUCGUCGUACAGGAGCUUCGCCUCAUCAAGAAAGCAUGCUCUUCCACUCACCUCAUUGAUGGCACUAUGCCGUUCCGCACGAUAGAUGGUCGACAGGUCAUCGAGUCGUUAGGCCCGCCAAAGACUACAUAUCGUUCAACCACGGACCUUACCUCGCUUCACCCCGACGAGCGCAUAUAAUCAGCACGAGCUGAGCGCACAUGCCGAGCAAAGAUUUGCCUCCCUUCGGAGCGUGCCCCGGGCCGGCCUGCAAGAUGCCGCCGGCAGAACCUCUACAAGCCGCAAAUGCCACCGCGGAUACAAAGAGCUCAAGUUCAGCAAAACGGAAGUCUGACAACGAAGUAGCGAGCCUGCCAGCCAAGCAAGGAAGGCUUGUUUGAUGCCUGGAGCCAUGCGCGACACCAGCCGAAGCGACGCGCGCCGCAAGCCACUUUCGAUCGGCCGCCGCGCGCCCGCAAACGCCCGGAACGCGUUUUCGGACUUUUGAGCGAUUUUCGGAGCAUGUAG